UGGUCAGGAGUGUUUGUGUGGGGGGGGGCAUGUCCAGUAUGGAGGCUGGAGAGGACGUAGGAGGGGGGGCCACCCCUGAUGCCCUGCCGGACGGAGUGGAGUCCGGCACCUCUGACUCCGCCUCCUCCUCCUGCUCGGACCUCUCUGUGGCCGUCACCACGGUAACCAGCGGAACCACUGAUGCCAACGAUGCCAACGAUGCCAGCGCUGCCCACACCAGCCGCGGAUUCACCGGCCUGCGCCUGUUCGGACGGAGUGAGGUCGGUCGUGUCCAGCAGCAUGGACACCUUUUUCAGACGCCAUUUUAAGAGGAAGCCGGGGGGCGGAGCUCCCGAGCACGCGGCGGAGUUUAACGUUGCCGUAGCGACCAGCCGACUCAGACGGCCCAGCGUUGCCGUAGCGACCAGCCGUGCCCGCCGGCGCUCCAGCGUGGGCCUGCCCUCGUCCGCCCUGCAACAGAGACGCCGCUCCAGUGUACAGCCCCCGCCCGCCACACACACACACACACACACACACACACACACACACACACGCCGCCGCCGCUCCAGCACCACCACCCCCGGUGCCAACCCUCGCUUCGCUGUGCGCCGCAGACUGGCAGGCCGCACACACACACACACACACACACACAAGGGCAGCAUCCACACACACACACACACACACAUGGGCAGCAUCCACACACACCUGCUGGGGCCGUCGCUGCUGCUGGCCAGUCUGAUCCAGAUGAGCGAGGAGGAGGAGGGGGGGGGGCCGUCGCCCGCGGCAACGCAGCAGCAGGUGGAGCUGAAGGCGGGACGCAGCAGCGACAGCGACAUCACGGGUUCCAGCAGCCAAUCAGACGAGAGCGCGGCGGGCUCAGACGUGGAGGUGUCGGACCGGGAGUUUGAGGACACGUCGUUGCCGUGGAGACGCAGGAGGGACAGCCGGCCGCUGGCCACGCUGACGGAGUGUGUGUGUGUGUCCACUCGGCCGCUGAUCCGCGCCCCGCGCUGCCUGCGCCGCAACUCCUCGCUCGUCGCCAACGCACACGGUUACCGCGGCAACCAGCGCAGGCAGCGCCGCGUCUCCACCGUCUCCAAGGCGGGAAGUCCGUGGCCUGGGCGGGGCCUCCCGUUGCCAAGUCGCCGCAACUCAGCGUGCCGGCGGAUCUCUGGGUGCCAUGGCAACGUUAGCCCCCUGCUGGGCGCUUACUACGACCCACGUCUGGAGUCCUGGAGGGGCUUUCUCUCGAAAGCCAUCGGCAAGACUGCCCAACCGCCAGCCCAGUCCAGCGCCACUCUGCCUGCCAAGGGCAACAGCCCUCACGAGAUCUGCAGCACCGUCCACUGGACUUGUCUCAUGUUAGUUGUCAUGACGAGCACACUGCUGUGUUGGCAGGAGAGCGCCAGCUAUGGGCAGCACGUGUGGCUUGAGAGCAGCGGCACGGGGGACUUCUGCUACGUGGGAGAGCAGUACUGCUUUGCCAAGUCCCUGCAGAAAUCCAUGACUCGCUACAAGUGUGCUGCCUGCAAGAUAGCAGUUCAUAGCGACUGCAUGGAGCAGCUGGAGAGGAUCAACUUCAGGUGUAAACCAUCUUUCAGGGAUCCAGCGACUAGAAAUAUCCGAGAGCCAAGUGUGGUGCGUCAUCACUGGGUGCACCGGAGGCGUCAAGAUGGAAAAUGUAGGCAGUGUGGCAGGGGUUUUCAACAGAAGUUUGCGUUUCACAGUAAAGACAUUGUUGCCAUCAGUUGCUCUUGGUGUAAACAGGCAUACCAUAAUAAAGUCAGCUGUUUCAUGCUGCAGCAGAUUGAAGAGCCAUGCUCCUUGGGGGCUCACGCCUCUGUGAUAGUGCCCCCGACCUGGAUCAUCCGAGUCCGCAAGGCUUCCGUAAAGUCCAGCAAGAAGAAGAAGAGGUCCGUGAAACCCAAGGCUGUUAAGAAGGGAGUCGAGGACGGGAAAUGGAAACACUUCCUCAUCAAGCCCAUCCCGUCCCAGCACAUGAAGCCUUUGCUGGUGUUCAUCAACCCCAAAAGUGGAGGCAAUCAGGGAACCAAAAUCAUUCGAUCUUUCAUGUGGUACUUGAACCCUCGUCAAGUGUUUGACCUCAGUCUGGGGGGACCAAAGGAUGGGUUGGAGAUGUACCGCAAAGUGCCCAACCUGCGAAUUCUGGCUUGUGGAGGAGAUGGAACUGUUGGGUGGAUCUUGUCGGUUCUGGAUCAGCUCCAGAUCAGCCCUCCGGUAGCUGUGCUGCCUCUCGGAACCGGGAACGACCUGGCAAGAACGCUCAACUGGGGAGGGGGCUACACGGAUGAGCCCGUGUCCAAGAUCCUGUCUCAUGUGGAGGACGGCAACAUCGUGCAGCUGGACCGCUGGUCCCUGGAGGUGGAGCCGAACCCGGAGAUCAGUCAGGAGGAGAAGGACCAGCACCAGGCCGACAAGCUCCCUAUCGACGUGUUCAACAACUACUUCAGUCUGGGCUUCGACGCGCACGUCACCCUGGAGUUCCAUGAGUCCCGAGAGGCCAACCCGGAGAAAUUUAACAGCCGUUUUCGGAACAAGAUGUUCUAUGCAGGAACUGCCUUCUCAGACUUCCUGAUGCGCACCUCUAAAGAUCUCGCAAAGUACAUCAGCGUGGUGUGUGAUGGUACAGAUCUCACCAGUAAAGUUCAGGACCUCAAACUUCAGUGUCUCUUGUUCCUCAACAUUCCCAGGUACUGUGCGGGCACCAUGCCUUGGGGACACCCUGGUGAGCACCACGACUUUGAGCCGCAGCGCCAUGACGACGGCUUCAUUGAAGUCAUCGGCUUCACCAUGACCUCUCUGGCGACGCUGCAGGUGGGGGGGCACGGGGAGCGGCUGUGCCAGUGUCGUGACGCGGUGCUCACCACGUCCAAGCCGAUCCCCAUGCAGGUGGACGGGGAGCCCUGCAAGCUGGCGCCCUCCGUCAUCCACAUCAGCCUGCGCAACCAGGCCAACAUGGUGCAGAAGACCAAGAGGAGGAUCUCGCUCCCGCAGCUCAACGACCAACAGCCGGUCCCUGAGACUCUUCAGAUCCAAGUGAGCCGCAUCAGUAUGCACGACUACGAGGCCCUGCACUACGACAAAGACAAGCUCAAGGAAGCCUCCAUUCCUCUGGGGAUCAUUACUGUCCCGGGAGACAGCGAUCUGGAGGUGUGUCGCUCUCACAUCGAGAGUCUCCAGGAGGGGGUCGACAGCAUGAGGUCAGAUGCCGUGGUUUCCCAGAAGCUGUCUCCAAAAUGGUGCUUCCUGGACUCUACAACGGCAGACAGAUUCUACCGGAUAGAUCGCGCCCAGGAGCAUCUGAACUACAUCACAGAGAUAUCACAGGAUGAGCUCUUCAUCCUUGACCCAGAGCUGGUCACCAAGGAGACCGUAGGCACCUCCCCCGGCAUGCCUAAUUUGGUCGACUCCUGCGGGGAGAGUUCCAGCCGGGCAGAUCAGUUCUCUUUCCCCCCCUCCUCCGCCUCGUCCUGCUCCGGCUCCUCACUGGGCCAAAGAUCUUCGGCCCCUGCGGUGCUCAGCCAGAGGAAGCGUACAUCCAGCGAGAGUUCCGCGUCUGCGUCGGAGAUUCUGACCCACAGCAACUCCUCCGGCUCCAAGGUGGGCCUGUGCAGGAGGGGAGCUAAGAUAGUCAAUGUCCAUCGAGCUAACACCACAGAGGCUAAUUUCAGGCCUAUGGACAGUGUUGACUCCGGCAACACUGAAAAAGAGGCGCUGAAGUUGCUCAUUGAAUGUAUCAGAGAGAAUGACAUUGAAAAGCUCAAGGAGCUUCACACACACGGCGCUGACCUGGGGCAGCAGGACGCCUGCGGCCGCACCCUCCUGCAUCACGCCGUAACCACCGGCAACAAGGACAUCGUCAAGUUCAUCACAGACAAUGCCCCCACAAGCAUCCUGGACGUCACAGAGAAGGACACGGGCCAGACAGCUCUCCACCGUGCAGCAGCUCUCGCCCACCGGAGCAUCUGCCACCACCUGCUGGACGCAGGAGCCUCACUCACCAAGACCGACCUACAGGGUGAGACCCCCAGGGAGAAGACAGGGGACCAGGAGCUGGCGCAGUACCUGGAGCAGCAGGAGCAGCAGCAGAAGGAGGACCAGAAGGAGGACCAGGAGACGGCCGUGUGAACCUCCUCCUGCUGCACGUCUCCCCACAGGAGCCCCCCACGCCACACCACGCGGCCCAGGCCUGGAGGCCUCCUCUGGGGGCGCUGCUCUUGGAGAGUCCCCUGCUCCUGCUGGGCCCCAGAGGCCCACUCGCUCCUGGCGUGGAGACCACGGAGGUCACCCCAGAGGUCACCCCAGAGGUCACCCCAGAGCUCCAUCUGUAGUUACAGUCUUGCGUUGCCGUCGGAGACAUCUCAAUUUUUUUUUCUGUCAUAGUUUUGUCACCUUGAUGCUUGUGAUUGAUGUGUGGUUACCGUGGUUCUAGAGGGUUCUAGAAGUAUCCCACUGGAACCUUUGCUGCUUCCACGGCAACAGCAGUGUGCUCUGACUGCAGAGUUUCUGCCGUAUGCUGCUCCCUCCCUCAUGGGCUCUGUGUUAGCUUAUUAUUCUCUGGCUAUUUUAUAGAGAUUCUCUACUUCCAAAAGCUUUUCAAAUAGUCACAUUUAUGCCAGAUGUUUCCGAAAAUGUCAUUUUAGAAAUAAAACAUUUGUUUUGAAAAUAUCAGUAUGGGUUAUAAUUGUGUAUAGCUCUGGUAAAUACAACUUUAGUUACAUAUAAGACAAAAUCAGGUCUUCCCUCAGUGAGAUAUCUCUCAGAGGAGUGACCAUAUCAUUCUCAAAUCUUUAUUUGCUGUUAGUAACUAAGGCCAUCGGCGUUAUGCUAGUGAGAGAGAGAGAGAGAGAGCGAGAGAAAGAGAGAGAGAGAGAAAGAGAGAGAGAGAGAGAGAGAGAGAGUUGGAGUUGAGGUGCACCUUACAGUCUGCCAUACUCCUGACUGGGGCAGUUUCUCCCUCCCCCUCCCCUCUCUCCCUCUCUCCCUCUCUCCCUCUCCCUCCCCCCCUCUCUCCCUCUCUCCCCCUCUCUCCCCCUCUCUCUCUCCCUCUCUCUCCCUCUCUCUCCCCUCUCCCCCUCCCUCUCUCUCCCUCUGCUCUGUUGGUGUGCUUGUGUGUGCCACAUUUGUGCCAAACUGGACUGUGUGCUUCUAAGUGGAGUCCACCUGCAUGGGGCUGUGAGUGGGACGGCUUCCUGUCCAACUGCAUCAGGAGAGGGCAGUUGAGUGGGCAGGAGAGGGCAAUAGAGUGGGCAGUAGAGUGGGCAGUAGAGGGCAGUUGAGUGGGCAGGAGAGGGCAAUAGAGUGGGCAGUUGAGUGGGCAGGAGAGGGCAAUAGAGUGGGCAGUAGAGUGGGCAGGAGAGGGCAAUAGAGUGGGC